ACGAGUGGCGCGGUGAGGUACAUCAAAGAGGGGGAGGAGAAGACAGAGUGAGAGAAAUAAAAAUAGAGAGAGAGGAAAGUAGGUUCAGUUGGUUUAGCUGGUUCGCUCUACACCGUACUAGGGGCAAAAAGAGAAGGGGACAUCCCAAGUACGAGGAUUGGUCAGAGUUGUGUAUAGAGAGUAUGAGAUAGGGAAAUACGGGCAAGUGAGUGAGAAAAAAACACUGACGGAAUCCAUCGGGUAUCCAAACUACCAGCUGGUUGGCAAGGGAGUCUCAAACGAGCAGCAGUUACCAGUGUGACGCGGAUUCCCGUGAGCGGAUCGUGUCGUACUGCUGAUACGAGGUCCGUUCAUCCUCGCCGUCGUCGUUGUCAUCAUCAUUCAUCAUCAUCAUCUCCAUCAUCAUCGUCACCAUCAUCAUUACCAGCAGCAAUACCAGCAUCACCUUGAUCGUCGUCGGGACUGUCAUCUCCACGAACUCAUUGGAGCUUGUGCGCCUAAACUCUGGUUGCUCUGGUUCUUCCACUGCUGAUGGGCCUGCAGUAGAAUCGCUCCCACUCGUUAAAUUGUGUGCUCCCGCGUUAGCUCAUAGUGACAUACACACACACAGAGAGCCCAGAGAGAAAGAUAGAUAAGUGUGCGAGAGAGAUAGGAAUUUUGGUCUGGGGGAGACGUAGCAAGAAGAAUUCUAUCGGUGUGGCAGCAGUUCGUCCCUGGCAGUCGGUCUCAUCACGUCCCGUCCCGUUUUAUUCACACACACAUACAUAUAUUGUUCACACACAUUGACAUCUACCCACAUACAUAUACACACGUCCACCUGCCUGUAUAUAUACACAAGUUGACACAGUAAUAUACCAACGACGUACGCACGCACACUUGUUUUUUGUGUGCGCGCAAACUACUCAAGAUGGCUGCUGACUCGGGAAUGGAGACGUGUCCCUCCCCAGAAAUCGCGGACUCCAGGAAAAGGCCUCUUGACUGCGACGCGGAGAACGGAGCCACCAAGAGGUCACACUACGGAACAGGAGGAGAUGGAAUGUAUCAUCUUAAAGUACUUGUCCCGGGAGUGGCUGCUGGGGCUAUCAUCGGCAAAGGCGGUGAAACAAUCGCCCAGCUACAAAAAGACACAGAUGCAAGGGUUAAAAUGUCAAAAGCCCGAGAUUUUUAUCCAGGUACCUCGGAACGUGUGUGUCUGAUAACUGGAAGUGUUGAUUCCAUAAUGGCUGUAAUGGAUUUUAUAAUGGAAAAAAUUCGCGAAAAACCAGAUUUAACGUCCAAGAUAACAGUGGACUUUGACUCUGGUAAAGCAACGGCAGAGAGAGACAAACAGGUAAAGAUACUGGUACCAAAUAGCACGGCAGGAAUGAUAAUUGGCAAGGCAGGGAAUUAUAUAAAACAAAUAAAAGAAGAUUCAGGAUCGUACGUACAGAUAAGUCAGAAGGCUAAAGACUUAUCGCUCCAAGAACGCUGUAUUACUGUAAUUGGAGAAAAAGAAAACAAUCGUAGCGCAUUACUUAUGAUACUAGCUAAAAUUGCCGACGAUCCACAAAGCGGCACGUGCCUAAACGUCAGUUAUGCUGACGUAAGCGGUCCAGUAGCCAAUUAUAAUCCUACAGGCAGCCCCUACGCCCAGGCACCUGGGACCGCACCCACAUACACAACUCCAGCUGGCCUCAAUACCGUGAGUCUCUUGAACGGCGCUGGUUUAAGUUUAAACUUGAACUUAGGCGCUGCAAUAACCGCCGGCACGGCACCCGUAACUACUCAACUUCUUGAGCAUAUUAAAUUAAAUUUGAGAAGUACGGGUUUCUCCGACGCGGCGGCAACUGAAAUUCUCACGGCGAUUGCUACGCUAGCCAAAUACAAUAUCCUGGGUAUGGGUAUUGGAAUGCCAUCGAGUGUGAGUUACCUGGGUAAUCCAAUAGACACCACAACAUCAGCUAAUGGGUCAAACAACAAUGGAGGAGUAUUUGGUCCGAUUGGUACGGUACCGACACUUGGAUCCACAUCACCAACACCAAGGAAUACACUAGAGAGAUACGAGGCGUUCGAUCCAUUUCGACAGAACAACACUGCUGCUGGUGCCAUUCAUCUGAACAACAACUCAUUCGGAUUGGGCACAAACCAAUUGUCACUCGUAAGUAAGAGUCCUACUCAGGUAGACACCAACAGCAAGGAGACCAAGAAAGUAGAUAUAGAAAUUCCAGAGGUUAUAGUGGGAGCUAUACUGGGACCCGGUGGUCGCGCCCUCAUUGAGAUUCAACAGCUAAGUGGUGCCAACAUUCAGAUAUCUAAGAAGGGUAUGUUCGCGCCCGGUACGAGGAACCGCAUUGUCACUAUCACGGGUUUUCCAAAUGCUAUCGGGAUCGCUCAAUACUUGAUCGAGCAACGGAUCAACGAGGAAGAAGCUAAAAGAGCGCGUCACAAUGUCAUUGCCGGCAUGAUCCAUUGAUUCCACGCGACUCAACCGCGAUCAUCCCCAUUAUUGACUUCCAUCGUUUAUUUAAAUCCACUCUGACUAAAUGAGGGUAAAUUUUAUUGUCCCCCCUUGAAAAAAAAUCAUCAAGGCCAACAGUGUUUGCAUUCUUCGAUCAUUGCGUCAAUCUUGGUCUCUACAGCUCCCAAUAAUAAUAUUAAUAAUAAUAAUAGUAAUAGUAAUAAUUAUAAUUAUAAAAAUCUCUCGUCUCUGUCGUUAUGCAUCACUAUUUUAGGCGCUUAUUGCAUUGCCAAUAUCAUCAUCUCAUGCAUCUAUCACGGCUCGUUAACAUUUAUCUAUAAAUAAGAUUAUUAAUAUAUGAAUAUUAUAUCGUUAUUUACCUGUUCGUUAUACAAUUAAUACAAUUGUGCUGUGAUACACCACGUUACGGGGCUUUAUCACACAUUCAUUAUGUAUAAUAACACAUACACACACAACUCAAAGGUAUACUGGAUAUAGACCACAGUGAAAAUUGUUAUGAAACCACUCUCUAUUGAGUGCUACGACAUUUUAAUUUAGUUUUUACGCGGGUAAUGUUUUACGCAAAAAAAAUUAUUUUUUCUUUUCCGUAUUCUCCAUCAGAUGUAUUUUCACAUGACGUUACAUAUUAAUAAUAAUUGUUAUAAAGUUUUAAGUUAAACAUCGUUAAUUUUUUAAAACUUUUUAAUAACAGUUGCCAUGCCAUUCAUAGAAGUUGUGCUUUACAUAAUUUAUAGAAAAACAAAAAAAAAACAUUUUUUUUAGGAAGCUUUCCAAUGAAGAAAUAAUUAGACUGAAAUUUUAAUUUCUCUCACUCAUUUUUUCCAUUUCUUCUCGCUACCUAUCACUGAUUUUAUCUGACAAAUGAAUAAAUUUUUUUUCCUUUAUUAUAAUUUGUCAGAUAAAAUUCAAUAGUCAAUACCAAAGAUUAAUUUUCACAAAUCCAGAGUAAUAUUUUUUUUUUUUUAUUUUUUUGUCAAAUAAUAUAUUUAUAUAACUGGCUGGUCCGGUUAUAUAUAACAAAUGAUUAAAUAUAUAUAUGAUAUCUUUUUCAUCGAUUGUUAUAUUUUUACGCGAUAAUAAUAAUCGCUCAAAGUUUAUAUAUUUACAGAAUUACAACACAUAUCUUUUGUACUUGUUCCAUUGUCUACUGUAUAUUUAAUUAAUUAAUUAAUUCAGUAUAUAAUAUAUUAAUUGUUAUUUUUCAUAUUAUUAAUUUUUUUAUCAUACAUAUAAUAUAUAUACAUAUAUACUAAUAUAUAACUGUGAGAUGUGAAAUAUUAAUUUUAUUAUUUUUUUUAAUUUUAUUAUAAUCACACACAUUUCAAUCUAAUUAUUUCUUCAUUUAAAAGCACAAAUUCUCAUGACUUGCAUACAUUAAUAUUUAAAAACAGUUGAUAUUAUUUUUGCGUGUUGCAUUAAUGUUGUAGCGAAUAGUUUAAAGAAUAAUAAAUAAAUAAAUAAAAGAUAUAGAAAUAAAAAAAUAAUAACGCAUACACCAAGUAGAUUUAGAUAUAGAUGAUGAUAAAUAGAGAAAAAAAAAGGUCAUAUAUAAAUGAUCAUAAAAAUUAAUAAAAGUGGUUAAUAAAUCAAAGAUAUAUUGUACAAUAUACAGGGCAACAGACAGGAUACGUAAAGUAUGUGACCGAAUAUUUUUUUAUUCCGUACUGGAGAUGGUUUUAGUAACCACGAAAAAAAAAUUUUAAAAAUCAAGGCAAUUAUUGUGUCCAAAAUAAUGAGCAAUCGCUCUCAUAGAUGAAUUUUUUUAUAGAAAAUAAAUUAUAUAAAUCUAUAUAUCUAUAUUUAUAUGCAUACACAUGUAUGUAUAUAAACGGCAAAAAAAAGUAUAUAUAUAUAAUAUAAUAAUUGAAUUAUUGUCGCAAUGUCUAUGUCCAACGUUCCACUUGUUGAACGAGUGGCCGAUUAAUACUUUUGUUAGAAAGUUUUUAAAUAUAAUAAUAAUAAUCCGUGAUUUUCGUGAAAUUCCAAGAUACGGCAAUGACUUAGCGGGUCAUAUUUGAAAUAAGUGAUAAAACCAAUAAUGGAGAGAUAUAUAAUAUAAAUAUAUAUAUAGCAAACGAAAUAGAAUUUUAUGAUGACGGAUUUGGGAUUGAAUUACCAAUCAACGCAUAAGUUAAUAAUGGCGCUGGCUCACCACUCUUCAAAGUAUAAAAUAAAUUGUAUAUUUAUAAAUAAUAUUGCAUAAAAAAAUAACAUACAUAUAUAUAUAUAUAUAUAAUAUGACAGAGAACAAGUGAGAUAAGACGAAAGGAUAAGAGAUAACUAUAUAUAAAAUUAAGUACAUAAAAAUCUAUAUGUAAAGAGGUUAAAUUAGAUUGUUGAAAAAUUCAUAUAAUCUGUCGUGGACAAAAAAUUUUAUCUAUAUAUGAAUAAAUAUAUGUAUAUUAAUAUUAAUUAUAAAUAUAAAUUUUAAGACAAGACAAUGAUAUUAUAUAUUGUUGACAAAUAAGAUUAGCGUCUGCGAUUGAGGCAAAACUAUUAACGUUUUAUCUUAGUGUCUGUUAUCUGUUAUCGAUUGCUGAGUAUCAUCUUCGUAAAAAUAAAAGUUCAUAGACACAUAAAUAUUAUAUGCAUACAUAUAUAUAUAAAUAUUCAUAAAUAGAAAAUAUCAUACACUUGCGUUAUAAAAAUUUAAUAAUUUUUUGUAGUUAGAAUUUAAAAGCGAGAGAUUAAAUAAAAUCUAUUGAUGUUAAAAUUAGAAUUAUAUUUAGAUUAUAGAUGCUCGUUACUAUUUUUUUUUUUUAAUUAUUAUUACUAGAAUAUACAGCGACAAAUACGGUGACACCAAUCACAGGAUUUAAAAUUAUUAAGUCUCAGCUAGCGAGAUAGAACAAUAAUUAAUUGUUUUAAUUAAUUUUGUUUAUUAAAAAUAAUAUUUUAUUGAGGGCAACAGUGCGUCUGUAUGAUUAGAUAGAUUUAAGUUUAGGGUAAUCGUUUAACAGCCGUUUAUCGAAUGCUGCUGGGUUACCUGAGGCCAUUUAUCGCGCCUUUAUCGCUCUUGCGAAUCACUAAAAUAUAUAUACACAUAUAUCUAAUUGUCUUUGAGCUUUAAGGUAAUGAUAAUUAAACAGAAUCGCGUUUCGUGUUUUAAUUAACGACAUUCACGCUCCUACGUGCUAUAAAUAAACAAAUAAAUACAAACAAAACUCGUAUUUAUUUAUUUAUUUUAAGUAGAAUGGCUAAUUAAUGGAAACUGCGCGUCCAUAAUCAUUGAUAAAAUAAAAUUCUAAAUGAUUCGUUACUAGAUUAAAUUUAAUUAUCGAAUCGAUGAUCACAAAAAAAAUAGAUAAAUUUAUAAAUAAGGAAAUAUAAGUAUACAUGUAUAUACUUAUAUUUAUUAAAACAAUCGACCUGGUUUUUUUAUAUAAUUUUACAACUCGUAGGUGCAUGAGGGCUAGGAGGGUAAGUGAUUAAUUAAAUUGGGCUCUUUAAGACUAUCCGUGACUAGAGAUUUAUAAAUUUAAAAAAUAGGAAAAAAAAGUAAUGAAAUUUUAUAAUAUUUAAAAUUUUUGAAAAAAUAAAAAUGAAAAAAAAUUUGCAUAGUCGUGUGAAAAAUGUAGACAAUUUGUUUUGCGCAGGAAAAAUAGCUUCACGGCAAGCAAUGCACGACGAGCAAGGAUGAUUCGGAAAAGGAGCUUUCUACUGCGUACCUGACAGUAAUCACAGUUUGAACAAUAAGGUCGAUAUUACACUCACAUACAAUCACUGUUGUGCUCGUGAUGUCAACGAGAAUGCCGAGAAGCUGGUUUUCCUUUAAUGUACCGCGGAAGAUACGGUCCUCCUUGCAAGUAUUAGGUAAGCGUCAAAGAGAUGAGUUGUUAUCAGACUUUAAAAAAAUAAAAAAAUAAAACUUUUUAAAAACCCAUAAAACAAAAACCAACAGCCAAUGACUAAUGACAUUUUAAAUUCUAAAUCUAGACAAUUAUCCAUUAUGAAAUACGUUUAUUUGUUAUUCCGGAUAGUUUAUCAUUACUUGUAGUGUGUUAUUGUGGUUUGCUUAUUAUUAUCACUAUUACAUUACUUAGAUUUUUUCCAAUUACUCGCUUAAUACCUACUCCACUGCCACGCAGAGUCUGUGCAUGUCUCUUUGGUGGUCUCAACUAAAUCCAAUACCGUAGAAAUAUUUUUUUAUCGAUUAAAUAUCCCUUUAUCAACCAACAACAACAGCUACAACAAAUUAAAAACGUAAACUAUAGAUAGAACAAUAGUAACUAACUCUCCGGUUUACCUUGGCCUACUAAGGUAAUCUCUUUUUAAUGAAAGGAAUAGACAAUUGUAUAAAAAAAAAAAAAAAAAUGAAAAAAAAAAGUCUAAUGUGUUGAUGCGUAUUUACAUUUCACAUUUUAAAAUAAUAAUAUAUAUCUAUACAUAUAUAUACUACGAGUUGUUUAUUUAUAUAAAAGUUCCAACGAAAUUAAAUGUGAUUUACUAGCCAAAUAUAUAUAUAUAAAAAAGUACAAUAGUUAGUUUGUACAAUCACAUUUAAUUUUUAGCGUCGAUUUUUUUUUGUAAUUAAAUAAUAAUUCAUAUGCCAGCACAUUCACCAUGAUUAGUCGUUGAUAAAUAAGUGUAACGUGUCUCCAUAUUUGAAAAAUAAUAGUUAAUUGUACAUCGUAAAAUAUUAAAUAAAUAUAGGUAUAUAAAAUACAGAAAUAUAUAUAUAUAAAUAUAUAUAUAAAAAACAAACGUACACGCGUAUUAAAUUAAUCUACAUUGUUACUAGUACAGAAAAAAAUACGUGUGUAUGUAUAAGAUGGUCAUAUUAUUGUAAAAGAAUUGUAAGUUGUAGAGAAAAAGUUAUAAUCGUAAAUUUUUGAUGUCAUUAAUAAUUAAAAUCAUUUAUCGUUAAUGGUAGAAAUCAUUUAUUAAUAAUUAUUGGCUAAUGAUAAAUACAAAAAAUAAUAUAUAUAUAUGUAUACAAUAGCUAUAGAAAAUGAAACACAAGAGAUGAAUAUUUUGCACGCUGGGCAAAGUUAAUUACAAAUGAGUAGUAAUCAGGGAAAUGUAUUAGGAAUUGAAGUAAAUUCAGCAGCGAACGAAAAUAAUAAUGAUAAUAAAGGGAAAAAUAUAAAAAGAUAUAUAAGAUCGUGAUAUAAUGAAAUUUUAAAUCAAUAAUAGCAACAAUAAUAAUUAUACUAGUAAUAUAAAGUAAUAAAAUAAAUAAAAUCUUAUUACCAUCUCAAGUGACAUUGUCACGUUACUUGGCUGUGUGUGCUAGGCUACAUCAUUUGUCAUAAAUCCAUCACUUUCUUACUCUAUUAAUUGAAUCAACUAAAAAUUUAUUUGUCGAACAAUUAACAUAUUAAUAUAUAAUCGAAUUAAUUAACGAGUCAAAAUUUGUAGUUUUUAGAAUUAAAGAUCAUUGUCAUUCUCAUUGUCAUCAUUCAUCAUUAAUAAAUAUCAUUAAUCAUUUUUUAUUUUUUUCAUCUAACCAUUUCCUAUUUCUACAUCGUCAUUCUCAUUAUAUUAAUAUAUUAUAUAUCUAUAAAUAUUGUAUUCAUUGUUAAUGAAUAUCAUAAAUCAUUUUUUUAAUUUCGUUAAUCAUUUCCUAUUUGUUACCAUCUACUAAUUCGGAACAUUUCAUCCGCAGUGUCAUUGUAAUUGUCAUUUAUUAAUAAAAUAUGAAAGAAAAAGCAAGAGCGAGCGAGAGAGAGAGAGAGAGAGAGAACGAGAGAAAGUGAUAUGUAAAAAACGAAAAAAAGGUAUAUUGAAUUAUUGUAAAUUAAAAAUAUAUAUGUGUCACUAAUUAUAUACAUAUAAAUAUAUAUGAUCCAUCAAUUAUAUUGAGUGCCAUAAUAAGAGCACGUUUUCAUUCUUCCUCUAGAACGUGACUACAAUUGUUGUUAAAUUGGUUAACAGUGAUAUUAGCUGUUAAUAAAUAUUAAAUAAUAUAUAUAUGUAUGUAUAUAUAAAUACACAUACAUUAUAUUUAUAUUUUACAAUAAUCAGAUUAAUUAAUAUAGUUAUCAUGAAUUUUUCAUCAUCAUUAAAUGCAUUAAUCGAAAAUUAUUUAAAAAAAUUCUGAAUGGUGCUGAUGAAUUUAUUGAAAUAUGAGAAAUAUAUAUAUGGAAAAAGAGUUUAUUAAAUCAACAAAUAUAAAGAAAUAGAAAAACGAUUAAAUAUAUAUGUAUGUAUAUUUAGAAAAACGUAUUAAUUUUUCGUAUUUCAAAUAAUAUAUAUAUUAAUUUUAUUUUUUCAUAUUAUAAAUAUAUUUAUAUAUAUUUUAUUUUUUUUUUUUUAUUUACAUAGAGAAUUUAUUAUUUAACGGUUAAAGUAAUCACUGUUAAUUAAAGUAGUACAUAUAUAUAUAUAAAUAUAUAAAAUGAAUUAAAUAAUUAUUUAUCACACAUUGCAUUGCAUAGAGAAUAAUUAUACGGUCACAAAUUAAAAACAAAUUUAUAUAACACAUCGCACUUGUUGACAAUAGAUUUUAAUUAAAUGUUCAAUUUUAUCGGAUAAUUAUAUAUAUAAAAGUUAAAAUAAAUGGAAAGUUUAAUUGCGUGAUGGAAAAUAUUUUUUAUUUACGAGGAAAUAAAAAUUUUGAAUAAUUAUUAAAAAAAUUAUAUUAAUUUGUUGGAUCAUAUUUUUAAAUUUUAAUUAACGCACUUGCGAAUUUAAAUUUAUAAUUGCCAAACUUUAUGGGCAAUAAAAUAAAAAAAAAUCUAUUUAUAUCAACACAGAAAGAGAGAGUGAGAAAUAAAAAUAAUUAUAAAUAAAGAGCCUAAGAUUCAUGUAGUCGCUGUACAUCAAUUACAUCACUGUUAAUAUUUAAAAUCGUUAAUACAUCACUUUCAUUAAUUUUAAUAAUAAUUAUAAUAAAUUACAAUUAAUCGAUAAUCAGUGCCGAUUUAAAAAGGCGAAGGAAGUGUUCAGGCGGUAAAACCAAAUGGAAUAAAACAAAUAUAUAUAUAUAUAAAUAUAUUGAUAUGAGUAUAUAAUAUUUAAAAAAAUUAAAAUGGUGAGAAGGGUUGUACAAAAUUGUACGUAAUGUUAUUUCGUGUAAAACAGGAGUUAUAGGUUUAGGUUGUUAAUACGGUAAUAUUAUUUUCGGUAAGAAUAGUCUAAAUAUUUCAAAAAAAAAAAAAAAAAAAAUAUAUAACUCUAUUAAAAUUUAUGAGUACAGAAAAAUCUAUUAUGAGAUGAAAAAAAAGUCGAUAAAAUUGUUGUUAAAUGUAGCGUGUAGAAGCUCGGGGAUAAAUAUUAAUUAAAAAAUAAUAAUAAUAAUAAUAAUUAAGUACCUUGUUGAGUAUAAGUAUAUGCAUAAAAUAAUGUUUUAGUGAUAAAUGGCUAAAUAACUGUCGAGCAAAAUGUCUAACGAUUAAGAAAGAUUUUAAAAAUCUAAGGCACGAUAAAUUGGCACAAAAAAAAUAUAUAUAUAUAUCUAUGAAUCGUAAGCGGUAAAUUGCAGAUCGCUUGAACUCCUCACGAAAUAAUAAUGAUGAUAAAUAUAAAAAAUGAAAAGUGAAUUACAUAAAUUUAAAAAAUAUAAGUAAGAAUGUUAUUAACUCUAAAUAGAUGUGAUUAAAUUUUUUUUUCGCUGGUAAUUAAUGUGACUUGGUACGUCAAAAAAGUCUUAUUAUAAUUCUUAUCUCUCUAGAUAAAUGUGUUAUUAACUCUUGAACCUCUCUCUUCUUUUUGUGAAUAGAUUAUUAUUAUUAUUAUUAAUAUUGUGCGACGCGAUGCAAUGUACUAAAAUCCGAUAUGCAUACAAUUAUUAGCGUUUAUUGUUACGUUUACGAUAAUUACAUACAUAUGCAUAUAUAUAUAGUAUUGUAUAUGUAUAUGUCUCUGUAUGAUAAUAACGAAUUUGAGCAGGUUACUAUGUGCGAUCAAAUACUGCAGUUGCAGUUUGUAUAUACCUGGGAAUCAUUCGUUAGUAAUUUAACGCGUAUGAUCAAGUAUUGUACUUUACAUUCCUUUGGCUAUAAUUGUAAUUUAAGAACUUUAAGAAAAAAAAAAUUUUUCUCUUGUACCCCGUGUAUCACAAUCAAAUCGUUUGUCGCCUUUAUCACAUAUGUCAUCGCGUCCAACAAAUGACAAAAAAAAAAUAUAAUAAUUUAUUGAUUAAAUAAUUUUAUGAUAAUUUUAUUCUGCAAUUUAAAAAUUAGAAUAAUAUAUAGAUAAUUCUAUUAAAAAAAAAAAAAAAAAAAAAAAACAAACAAACAAUCAAAGAACAUAAAUUUUUUUUGUCAAUUGAUCAUAUGCUUGUUCUAUUUAUAUAUUUCUUAAAGUCAUUAAAUCAUGCUUCUUUAUUCGCUUACCUUAAUUUCUUCAUCAUUAAUAAUAAAAAACAAUACUUUAAUCAA